AUUCGUGAGCGUGGCGGGCCCCGACGCCACGAAGAUCGGGACGGACUUCCAGUGCGUGAUGGGCGUGGUGAUGGAGCAGAAGAGCGGCGCCGUUGCCAUGCUUGCUCCGCAGGUGCCCUCGCAGCACUUCCGCGCGUCGUGCUUCGAGGACGAGCAGGCCGUUGCCCAGGAGUCCGAGAAGCACAGGCAUUUCUUCAG